AUCGAUGGGCUCGCGAGAAAUGUCUCGCGGAGGGUGAGGCCGCCAUUUUAGAUGGGGAACGGAACGAACGGCGCCCAGUGAGGAGCGAGUGCGGGGGAGCCGCGGAGCCUGCGUGGAGGAGGACCCUGGCCUAAGUCACUGCACAGGAUGGACCUGCUCUGGGGAUGAAUCAAGAUUUUACUGUUCGUUAGGCUGUAUCAAUGGAGCACAUUCAGGGAGCUUGGAAGACCAUCAGUAACGGUUUUGGAUUCAAGGAUUCUGUCUUUGAUGGAUCAAACUGUAUUUCACCUACUAUUGUUCAGCCGUUUGGCUCUCAACGCCGAGCUUCUGAUGAUGGCAAGCUCUCAGAUAUGUCUAAGACUAGUAAUACCAUUCGGGUUUUCUUGCCUAACAAGCAACGCACAGUGGUAAAUGUGCGGAAUGGGAUGACCCUACAUGAUUGUCUUAUGAAGGCGCUCAAAGUCAGAGGUCUGCAGCCAGAAUGCUGUGCAGUUUUUCGACUUUUUAAUGAACAAAAAGGCAAAAAAGCACGGUUAGAUUGGAAUACAGAUGCUGCCUCCUUGAUUGGAGAGGAACUGCAAGUAGAUUUCCUUGAUCAUGUUCCACUUACAACACACAACUUUGCUCGGAAGACGUUUCUAAAGCUUGCCUUCUGUGACAUAUGCCAGAAGUUCCUGCUAAAUGGGUUCCGAUGUCAGACGUGUGGCUACAAAUUCCAUGAACACUGCAGCACUAAAGUCCCAACCAUGUGUGUGGAUUGGAGCAAUAUCAGGCAACUCUUAUUGUUCCCUAAUUCAAAUAUCAGUGACAGUGGUGUCCCUGCACUACCUCCCUUGACAAUGCGACGGAUGCGUGAGUCUGUCUCCCGGAUGCCUGUUAGUUCCCAGCACAGAUAUUCUACGCCUCAUGCCUUCACAUUCAACACAUCAAAUCCUUCCUCUGAGGGCUCCCUUUCCCAAAGACAGAGAUCUACAUCCACCCCAAAUGUCCAUAUGGUCAGCACUACCAUGCCUGUAGACAACAGGAUAAUUGAGAACAACAGCUUGAAUGCUUCUCCCAGUUCCUGGUGCAGACGAUUUUGUUUGAGGGGAAGAGAUGCAAUUCGAAGCCACAGUGAGUCAGCUUCACCGUCAGCUCUGUCUGGAAGUCCCAACAAUAUAAGCCCAACUGGCUGGUCUCAAUCCAAAACUCCAGUGCCAGCCCAAAGAGAGAGAGCUCCUGGAUCCAACACACAAGAAAAAAACAAAAUUAGGCCUCGUGGACAGAGAGAUUCAAGUUAUUAUUGGGAAAUAGAAGCAAGUGAAGUUAUGCUCUCGACCAGAAUAGGGUCAGGUUCUUUUGGAACGGUUUACAAAGGCAAAUGGCAUGGAGAUGUAGCAGUAAAGAUAUUAAAGGUUGUAAAUCCAACCCCAGAACAGUUUCAGGCCUUCAGAAAUGAAGUGGCUGUAUUAAGGAAGACCCGGCAUGUUAAUAUUUUGCUGUUCAUGGGCUACAUGACUAAAGACAAUCUGGCUAUUGUUACGCAGUGGUGCGAAGGGAGCAGUCUGUAUAAGCACCUGCAUGUACAAGAGACCAAGUUCCAAAUGUUCCAGCUCAUUGAUAUUGCCCGACAGACAGCACAAGGAAUGGACUAUUUACAUGCAAAGAAUAUCAUCCACAGAGACAUGAAAUCAAAUAAUAUAUUUCUUCAUGAAGGCCUCACAGUGAAAAUAGGAGAUUUUGGUCUGGCAACAGUAAAAUCCAGAUGGAGCGGAUCUCAGCAGGUGGAGCAGCCUUCUGGUUCAAUCCUCUGGAUGGCACCAGAGGUGAUCCGGAUGCAGGAUAAUAACCCAUUUAGUUUUCAAUCAGAUGUCUACUCCUAUGGAAUAGUAUUAUAUGAACUGAUGACAGGAGAACUGCCAUACUCCCAUAUUAACAACAGAGAUCAGAUCAUUUUUAUGGUUGGUCGAGGUUAUGCAUCUCCAGACCUCAGUAAACUGUACAAGAACUGUCCCAAAGCUAUGAAGAGGCUUGUAGCAGAUUGUGUGAAGAAAGUUAAGGAGGAAAGACCUCUAUUUCCACAGAUACUGUCUUCCAUUGAAUUGCUGCAGCAUUCUUUACCCAAAAUCAACCGUAGCGCUUCUGAACCUUCUCUGCAUCGUGCAGCCCACACAGAGGACAUAAAUUCAUGCACAUUAACAUCCACAAGACUACCUGUUUUUUAGGAUUGCACGCUCUCUCCCUUCCUCUAACCAAUAAUGAGAGAGAAAAACAGUCAUAGCAGUUGUGCUUUUAAUGCCUCAAUCUACAGGAUUGCAAUGCCAGCAGGAUUAUCUGUCUCCCAGUUUUAAGAACAAGCUGCUAAGGAUUUCUACAGUUUUAAUCCUACAGGGACAUUUCUCCACGUUGCCUUUUUCUACCAUUUCUUUUAUUGGGAUAGAGUUAACUGAGACUGUAAUCAAGAAAAUCUAUUACUAUUUUUUUAAUAGAUGCACUUGAGCCUUAUUUUCCCAUAAGCAGAAAAGAUGGACAUUUCUUUGGCAGUUUUGUGUCUUUGAUUCUGUUUAAUAAAUUGGUAUUUUUAUAGCAAGGAUGGCUCAGCAUUUGAGGAAAGAAAUAUUGCAGAUUGGUACUGUUCUUUGGAUGUCCCAUGCCAUGUGCCACUGUAAAGUUGGGGGAUUUUGACUAAAAUGGCCAUCUACAAACAAGACUGAUGAAAGAGGAAGAAACGAAUUCUAGCGAUCAGCUUCUGCAAAGAGU